AUGUUCAUGCUCACACUUUAUGCCGUUGGAUUGCCCACGUUGGUUCAAGCUGGCGGCGAGCUGGCAUUGGUUGGCUUGGGCACCGGCGGUGUGAAUCAGGUGUCCACCAUCGUCAAAGCUAUACGCUUGGGGUACCGGACUAUUGACACUGCUUUGCUGUACGGGAAUCAUGACCUCGUUCGAGAUGCAAUCGAGCAGAGCGGCGUUGCCCGUGAUGAGCUCUUCCUGACGUCCAAAGUGGGAUUUUUUCCUACAUCCUUGGACCUUCCUGAGGAGCACCAGAAGGCUUUCGGCUUCCAGUCUUUGCCAGUGCCUGCAGCACUCGUGCCGGGAUUUCAUCCACUAAACCGGAAGGGCAAAGAGCUCGAGGCCAUCCGACUGAGCCUGGAGCAGCUGGGCGUUUCCUACUUGGACUUGUGCCUCAUCCACACCCCGGUGACAUCUGCACUGGAGCUUGCGGCCUCCUUCAUACCCCAUGCGUAUGGACUUUGGGCAGAGUUCCCGAAGUGGUCUGAAGUGCUGGUGAAGGGGGCACUGGCUGCCCUAGCCUCGCAAGAAGCUCAGCAACGCGUGGGCGAGGCAUACGAGCAGCGCAAACGGUCGUGGCAGAACAUGGAAGAAGCGAAACGUCGUGGGCUUUGCAAGCACAUCGGGGUCAGCAACUAUCCGAUCGCCUUCCUGAAGGAGAUGGAGGCAUACAGGACGGCUCCGAUCUACAACGAACAGCAGGAGCUUCACCCCCUGGCGCAAUUUCGCCACAUCCAGGACUAUGCGCGCAAGGCGCAGAUUCGCUUGACUGGCUAUGGCACAGGAGUCAUUGCUUCCAAUGCAGUGGCGCGUGAAAUUUCGACACGUCUCGGCCGGUCUCCAGGGCAGGUGUUGUUGCGCUGGGCGGUGCAAAAGGGCAUCGCAGUGACACCGAAGUCGAACAAGGAGAGCCGAUUGAGAGAGAAUUUGGAAGUUUUGGACUUCGUCCUCGAAGAGGAGGACAUGAAGUUGUUGGAUGCCCUCGACAAGGAGCAUGUCUUCUACUGGAACACCAGUCUCCUCGUGCCGGAUGUUGCACCGGUGGCGGUGCCUGCGUUCAAUGGUGCGAAGAAGAAAGCAGGCGGCAAGAUUGCAGCCGGAGCAACAGAGGGUUUCGCUUACAUCGCUGACCGACUGUCGAAGGGCUUGCGUGAAAGGCCGUGGUUGAAGGAGACUGCGGAAGAAGUGAGCCUGCAAUUCGUGCAGGAGGCGACCGACGUUGUUGGUCAGUUGCUGCAGAGCCGUCCGCGACAGCGAAGGGAACUCAUGGAUGGCUUGGCUGACCUUCGGUCACCACGACAACGAGAGAGCCCGGACAGGACGUGGCGACGAAGAAUGCAUCAGGCUCUUCAGAAUCUUUGCCGCUUCUUGCUGGAUUCCCCCGAGCGCUUGGAGGGCUUGAGCAAAGCGGCGUCUGAUUCUGGGAACACGGGAGUGCGACUGCGACGGUUUGUGACGAAGGCCAUCGCAGAAAAGCGACGUUUGAGGAGAUUGAGCCGAAGGUUUGGCCAGCUUCACGAGGAGGUCCUGCGUUCUUCGGAGGAUGGUAGGCCUAGCGACGAAUUGGCGUCGGCCUACCGCGAUGCAGCACUGGAGAACAUGCGCAAGCGGUGGAAUGUUGCUUUCCAUGAGUGGUGCGCAGAGGCGAUCGCAUACUAUUUCCUUCUUGACCCCAAGGAGCGGCAUCGCUGGAUCUACGGCACUUCUGGGGACAGGCCACGAGAGACGGCUCUGUCGGCGGCUUUGCGGCAGGGGCCAAAGGUGCUCCAGCGUAGAGAGCAGCUUGCCGAGGAGCUGUUGCCAAAAGCUGGGGCACGCUUGCGGCUGUUAGACAUGGGCAGUUGUGCUGAUUACUUCGGCCGCCACCACAGUGACCGUUUUGAUGUCACAGCAAUUGACUUGGCUCCGGCAGAGGACACCGUCCUUCAAUGCGAUGUCCUUGACAUCAAGAUAGGCCCACCUGGCAGUCGCCCGGCAGUGCAGGGCCGUCAGCUGAAGCAGCUUCCUGCCAAGGCACCUGUCGCCCACUGUAUGUCGGAGCUGAAGUGCAGUGCUUUCCCAGCAUGA